UGCUUAGAGUUGGUUUUGCCUUCUACUUGUUUGGUGACUCUAUCUGGACCGGGAAAAUGUUUGCAGCCGCUGCGCUCUUCGUGUUCAUGUGCUUGACCGCCACCAGCCAUGCGGACCACCAUCAUCAUCCCUGUCAUACACCCAACAUGACAGGGCUAAUGAGUGUGAUGUCCCUAAAGGGUGAACUGAAAGCAGUCGGUGCCUUCACUUAUGAUUCAAUGGGCAGGAAGCUUCGGUUCAGGUCGAACGAGAGCCACCCCGUGAACACAUCUGUAGGUUUGGAUCUACUGAUGUUUUUUGAUGAGGGGAUAUUCUACGAGAUCGACAGCAAGAACCAGAGCUGUGAGAAGAAGAAACUGCAUUGCAGCCUGCACCCUCUAGAUAUUCCCGAUGAUGCUAAAUUCCACUCUACCGUACACAGCGGGAGUCCCUCCAUCGAAGGGGAGGGAUUGACACUCAACAUAUGGACUGGAGACUUCACAGACUCCAAAGGCCAUUACAGAAUGUCUGUAACCAUGGGAUGUUUGCCAAUCAGCGCAUAUUACUUCUCUGAGACCACACCAUUCUUAAUCAGCAACAUGGAAGUCGAAAUGGAGAUCAAGGAUCCUGAUCUCCUGUUGGUGCCUUCCUUCUGUCAGGGGCUGCCUUUGGAGGAGACUCCUGAAGGGACAGUAAACAGUUUCCUCCAUGAGUUCAUGUAGAGGACAACCUGCCUGUCCAAAAAUCAAACCACUUUCCACAUGUGGCCUCACAGAACUUUAGACUUUUCUCUCCUUUUUCCAUGUGUGACUCGAGAUUUUCGUGUGACACUGCACUACAUCACAUCUGUUUCCAUCACUCCCCUAUUAAGAUAUGACUCUGUAUUUUGAUAUCAAGGAAACAUAUGACAUGGAUUCUAGAAUUAGUCAUAACUACUAACAGUUGUAGGCUUUUCAAGUUGGUAGCCUACUGCUUACCACUGCAACUUACAAAACCUGUAAGAUAUUAUUAAUGGAACAAUAAAAUGUCAAUGCUGUCAAA